AUGCUCGCCUGUCAGAACACCCUCAGGACAAGGUUCGCUGCAGGGCAGCUUUGCAAGGCCUUUGGUGUGAGACUGGUCACGAACCCACAAGUCGUCCAAUUAGCCAAGAAUGCAGGUUUCGAUAGUCUCUUUAUCGACCUGGAGCACUCGAGUCUUUCGGUAGACGAUGCGAGCAAGCUGAGCUGCGCUGGACUUUCACUUGGGGUUACACCCUUUGUCCGUGUACCGCAUCAAUGCGGUAAUGGGCUCAUUCAGAAGGUGUUGGAUGGAGGUGCCAUGGGUGUUAUCUUCCCUCAUGUGCAAAGCGCCGAGGAAGCCAAAGCGGCUGUAGCCAUCUCAAAAUACCCGCCGAUGGGCUGCCGGUCAAUGACAGGACAGCUACCCGUCUUCUCUCUCAAGACUUUCCCCCAGCAACAAGUCAUCCGCGAGAGCAACACAUCAGCAUCUACAGUCUUCGUCAUGAUAGAAAACGAGACAGCCAUCGAAAAGAUCGACGAGAUCGCUUCCGUGGAAGGAGUAGAUGUUCUCCUCAUCGGCUCCAACGACCUGGCCAUCGAGCUAGGCGUGCCAGGAGAGUUCCGCAGCGACAGAUUCAAGGGAGCACUGAGACAAGUGAGCGCAGCCUGUAAGAAGCACGGCAAAGUCAUGGGUCUUGCUGGAAUCUACGACCAGCCUGAUAUCCAUGACUGGGCCAUUCACUCUCUGGGUGUGCGGUUCAUGCUUUGCCAGCAAGAUUCUGGGUUGAUCGCUGGUGGAGCAACAAAGUGUUUGGCGGCAGUUGCAAAUGUCGAGAAUGCUCAUGUGACAAACCGGGAUAGUAAGCUAGCUUAG